AUGGAUAGGCAUAGCGGGAGAGACAGGGAAAGGAGGGAGAAGAGCCGCUCGGCGUCCUACGAUUCGGAAGAAGAGCGACGUCGCCGAAGAAGAAGGGAGAGGAGGGAGAAGGCUGUUGGAGAAGCCGGUAGACGGAACGAGGAGGGUGGGAGGGACAGACAUGGUGGUGAUAGGGAGAGGGACAGCAAACGCCGCCGAACACGAUCUCGAUCUCGAUCUCGCUCACGAAGCCCUGCACAUGAAUCAUCACGCAGAAGUGACCGCGAUCGCGACUCCAAGCACAGAAGUACGAGGGAGAGGUCGCCGUAUCGAAGCAGCAGUGGCAAGGACAAAGACAAGGAUAGAGAGGGUUCAGCCUCGGCGACACAAGGACUUGGACAUGUCAGUCGGAAGGCUAAGGGACCACUGCCGUCGCAAGCUUCGUCUUUCCAGGCCAAUGGUGGACCGGAAGGCGUAGGUGCAGGUGCCGUGGUGGUUGCAGAGGAGAAGGACAAGCAAAAGCCUAAUUUUGCGCCUACGGGCUUGUUGGCUGCGGCGUCGAAUUCGGUCACACAGGCUGAUGGGAGUGCCAUUGCACUCAAGUACCACGAGCCUGCCGAGGCUAGGAAACCUCCUUCCAAAGACGACUGGAAGCUAUUUGUCUUCAAAGGUCCUGAGAUCUUGGAGACCAUUGAUCUUAGUCUGAGGAGUUGCUGGUUGGUGGGAAGGGAGGUUGCGGUUGUGGACUUACCAGCCGAACACCCGAGUGUGAGUAAACAGCAUGCGGUCAUUCAGUUCAGGUAUAUUGAGAAGAAGAAUGAGUUUGGGGAUAAGACGGGGAGGGUCAGACCAUAUUUGAUCGAUUUAGAUUCGGCGAAUGGGACGGCGUUGAACAAGGAAGAGAUUCCACCGAGUCGGUACUUGGAGUUGAGGGAUAAGGAUAUGAUUCAAUUUGGGCAUAGCACACGUGAGUACGUGCUUAUGCUUUCGAAGAGUUGA